AUGGUUCUCUCCGUCACCCCCAACGGUCUGCGGCUCGGUAGCGUGAAAGGACCCCGACGAACUAAGUGGGCCAUAAGCCAGCUGGAUAGGGAGGUCCUUGAGAUCUCCCUGGCGGCUUUCACCUGGCCAUCACCGGAAGAAGGGCAGGACCUGGACUUUGCAGUUGCGGAGUUAAUGGGCAUCGUCACAAAGGCGUGUGACGCGGCGAUGCCCAAAGUCAGGUACUACCCCAAAAGAUCAGCCUGGUGGUGGAGCGAGGAGAUCGCAGAUCUCCGUCGCAUCUCGCUCCACCUCAGGCGAUCUUAUAGGAGAACUCGGAAUGACGAGGAUUCGGACCCUAAAGCCGUACUGGCCGCCCACAUCGAGUAUCGGAGGGUAUUUAUGGCCCUCCGUGAUGCCAUCGGGGCGGCUAGGGGUAAGGGCUGGAACACCUUCCUCUAA